UGUUUUGACAUUUUGCCGUUUGUUGUCACCGUACCAUAAACUUACUGAAAAACAACCCGAAAAAUGCUUAAAUCCACUGUAAGAUACUUUCGUAUGUCUAUUCGCACCUACAGUGCAAGAGCUGCAAACCAAUCUUCUCAUAACGAUGGAAACACGACGACUUCUUCAAUUGAUGACAAUGAUAUCCACAGACAUGCAAAGCUAGCAACAGAAUGGUGGAAUCAAACUGGUCCAAUGAUUGCAUUGCAUUCGCUGAAUCAGAUCAGAAUUCCAUUCAUCCGAGACGGUCUCAUCAGCACCGGGGUCGUGGAUGAGAAACAUAAGAACACAUCAAAGUCACUGAAUGGAUUGCAUCUGCUGGAAGUGGGUUGUGGAGCAGGAAUACUAACCGAACAGUUAGCUCGCAUCCAUGCUAAAAUGACGUCGAUCGAUCCGGGAAGCGAAGUUAUUGAGGUGGCACGGGAUCAUGUGCGACAAAAUGAAGACUUGGCUAGUAGAAUUACGUACCGGAACGAAUCGAUCGAACUGCAUUGCAUCGAGAAUCAAUGUAAAUAUGACGCAGUGAUUGUGUCAGAAGUGCUGGAGCACGUGAACAAUAAAGCGAAAUUUUUGGAAAAUUGUUUGGAUACUGUGAAGCCUGGGGGAUCAAUAUUCAUCACAACCUUCAACAAAACAUUUUAUUCGUGGUUCGGAGCUGUAGUUGUCGCGGAACAUUUAGCAAAACUCGUACCGAAAGGAACACAUGACUGGGAACAAUUCAUUUCACCGCUAGACGUACAGCGUAUACUAGAUCAAUUGAAUUGCUCGACAAUCCUUCUGAAUGGAUUCGAAUACGAGUUCUGGCGCGACACAUGGAAAUGGACGAGAUCAGCGAAUUUAUCGUACGCAUUGCACGCAGUGAAAAAUAAAUAGGAAAAUCGAAUCCGAAUCAUUUUUAUCAAAUUUGUUGUAUUUAAUGAAACUUCCUUACCAAUCGUCUAA